AAUGCAGUUCAGAUUGUGUGCCUGCCGUGGACGUUUGGACACAGAAUACCAGCUACGCUAACCGAGCUUGACCAGUAGCCCUUGCGCCCUGUACUUACCCGCCGUGGGAUAUUUCCUCUAAUUCCUCACAUCAUUAAAUUGCCGUUUGUACGGAGUUGCAUCAAAGCGAAGGAUCUAAUCCGUGUUUCCGAUGCAGAGCUUCGCACCGGAUUGAGUGUCCGGUUGAAGUCCUGCUUGAUGUCACACAGUUGGUCAGAAAGCGUGCCACAGACCCCACCAUGGGCUCAUGCUGAGCAGAAUGGCUCUGACGAGGGCAGCGAUGCGGAGACACAUGCCCGUCUGCCACGUCUCUAGCUGUCACUUCAGCAAAGGGCAUCGUGUCCACCUCCCUCUUCAGUACCUCGCCUCCACCAUCGGGUAGUUCUUAGCACUGGUACGCAGCAGGGAGGAGGAAAAACCGGCGAUAUGCUCAGACCGUGCUCUCUCGAAGAUGAAGUUUCCUUUUAUUUGAAGCCCCGGGAAAUUUGAAGACAAAGAUUUGUUUUUGUUUGUUUUUUUACUUUUAUAUUUGAAAGUCCUUUAAAGAGCAAGGCAUGCUUUGUUUUCCACGUACACGUGCAAAUCCAAUCCGGACGCCAACACCACACUAUGGCUGCUGAAUCUCCCCGGCGACCCGCUUUACCGGCGCGGCGUGGCGGAGAGUGACCCCGGGACGAUGCAGCGCGGCGGCAGCGCCACAGGCAACGGCAGCCAGUCGUGGGUGCUCCGGCGCCUGCCGCUCACCUGGCUGAGCUUCAUGCUCUUCUUCAUCUUGGUCUUCUUCCCGCUCCUCGCGCACUACUACCUCACCACCAUCGACGAGGCGGGCGGGCCGGACAAGCGCAUCUUCGGGCCGCGGCCCGGCGGUGAGCUGUGUGAGGCCAAGCACGUGCAGGACCUGUGCCGCAUCCGUGAGUCGGUGAGCGAAGAGCUCCUCCAGCUGGAGGCCAAGCGGCAGGAGCUGAACGGCGAGAUAGCCCGCCUCAACCUGCGCAUCGAGGCCUGCAAGCGCAGCAUCGACAGCGCCAAGCAGGAUCUGCUGCAGCUGAAAAAUGUCAUUAGCCAGACUGAGCACUCCUACAAGGAGCUCAUGGCCCAGAACCAACCAAAGUUGUCUUUGCCGAUCAGACUGUUGCCUGACAAAGAUGAUCCAGGGCUGCCUCCUCCGAGGUCCGUGCCAGCCUGCAGGUUGCACACCUGUUUCGAUUAUGCUAGGUGUCCGCUGACGUCCGGGUUUCCGGUCUACGUGUAUGACACGGGGUCCUAUUCCUGGGGUGAGAACGUCGAUCCCCUGGUCAAACAGGCCUUUGCAUCAUCUGUAAAGAGCAGCGUGUAUGUCACUGAUAAUCCAAAUAUCGCUUGUCUUUACGUGAUGCUUGUUGGUGAGGUACAGGAACCUUUGUCUUCUCCUCCUUCCCCCAUGGACCUCGAAAGGCAGCUGAAAGCUUUGCCGUACUGGAGAUCCGACGGCCACAAUCACUUGCUGGUGCACCUGUCCAGGAAGUCGCUGACUCAGAACUUUCUGUACAACGUCAGCACGGGCCGGGCAGCCGUUGCGCAGUCCACCUUCCUGGAGCGGCAGUACAGAGACGGUUUUGACCUGGUCGUGUCCCCAAUGGUCCACGCUCUGUCUGAGCCCAACUUCCUGGAGGUGCCGCCGCAAGUACCGGUAAAGAGGAAAUACCUCUUCACCUUCCAGGGCGAGAAGGUGGAGUCCCUGAGGAGCAGCCUGCUGGAAGUGCCGCCCCAGUCCUUCGAGGAGGAAAUUGAGGGGGACCCGCCGGCCGACUAUGACGACCGCAUCAUUGGCACCCUCAAAGCCGUCCAAGACAGCCACCUGGACCAGGUGCUCGUCGAGUUCACCUGCAAGAACCGACCGAGGCCCAGCCUGCCAACUGAGUGGGCCUUGUGCGGGGAGCGUGAAGAAAGACUGGAGAUACUCAAAGCGUCCACGUUUGCCUUGGUGAUCGCUCCGGGCAACGGACACCUGGUGGCGUCAGCGGGCUGCAACAUGCGCCUGUUCGAGGCCCUGGAGGUUGGCGCGAUCCCCGUGGUGCUUGGCGACCACUCCAAGUUGCCGUAUCACCAGCUUAUACGCUGGAACGAGGCAGCCAUCAUGGUACCCAAACCCCGAAUCACAGAGUUGCACUUUCUUUUGCGGAGCCUCUCCGACAACGACCUGCUGGCCAUGCGACGGCAGGGCCGAUUCCUUUGGGAAACGUACUUUUCCACUUCGGAGAGCAUCUUCAACACCAUUCUGGCCAGUGUCCGAACCCGCAUUCAGAUACCCGCCGCACCCAUAAAAGAGGAACCUGCCCAGGAGAUCCCUCACAAAGCAGGAAAAAUGGCUGGAACCGAUGCCAACAUGGCCGACAACGGCGAUCUGGACCUUGGGCCAGUAGAAACUGAACCGCCUUACGCCUCACCCAGAUUUUUGCGAAAUUUUACGUACACGGUAUCGGAUGUCUACUUGACCUGGAAUCGUGCUCCGGGACCUUUCCAUCUGUUCCCCCACACUCCUUUGGACCCCGUACUUCCUUCAGAGGCAAAGUUCCUGGGCUCAGGUACUGGCUUCCGGCCCAUCGGCGGAGGGUCUGGGGGCUCUGGGAAAGAGUUUCAGGCAGCCCUCGGCGGAAACGUCCCACGAGAACAGUUCACCGUGGUGAUGCUGACAUACGAGCGGGAGGAAGUGCUUAUGAACUCCCUGGAGAGGCUGAAUGGCCUUCCCUAUCUCAACAAGGUGGUGGUCGUCUGGAAUUCCCCCAAGCCACCUUCAGACGAUCUUCUCUGGCCAGACAUCGGCCUUCCUAUUGUGGUGGUGCGGACAGAGAAGAACAGCUUGAACAAUCGCUUCCUUCCCUGGGACGCCGUGGAAACGGAAGCCAUCCUGUCCAUCGACGACGACGCCCAUCUUCGACACGACGAAAUCAUGUUUGGGUUCAGAGUCUGGCGGGAGGCCAGAGAUCGGGUUGUCGGUUUCCCGGGGCGGUUUCAUGCCUGGGAUGUCAACCACCAGUCUUGGCUCUACAACUCCAACUACUCGUGCGAGCUCUCCAUGGUACUGACAGGGGCCGCCUUCUUCCACAAGUACUAUGCCUAUCUGUACUCCUACGUGAUGCCCCAGGCCAUUCGGGACAUGGUAGAUGAAUACAUCAACUGUGAGGACAUCGCCAUGAACUUCCUGGUGUCACAUAUCACACGCAAGCCGCCCAUCAAGGUGACGUCACGCUGGACGUUCCGCUGCCCUGGCUGCCCACAGGCGCUGUCGCACGACGACUCGCACUUCCAUGAGCGCCACAAGUGCAUCAACUUCUUCGUGAAGGUGUACGGCUACAUGCCGCUGCUCUACACGCAGUUCCGUGUUGACUCGGUGCUCUUCAAGACCCGGCUGCCUCACGACAAGACCAAGUGCUUCAAGUUCAUAUAGCGCUGUCGGCGGCGGGGUCACGACCGGGCCGUGGGCGGGGCCGCAUCGAGCCAGGGACGGCAGGGCCCUGUGUUAAGGGCCAGAGAUCUUACCUGAAACUAGAUAGGCUACAAGAUAAAGAAGGACUAUUGAAUAAAGAAGCGUUUUAUUUUCAGUUUGAGCAUGUGUGCGCGAGAGUGUGCGAGCGAAUGUGUGAGCGAGUGUGCGAGCGUGUGCGCUCAUUGUUACCCUUCAGCAACCACUACUGGUUCCAUUUGCACCACCGUUGUCCAUCCCCGAUGAGAAGCGUGGGAGAGAUGUGCACAUUUUCACGGAAACUUUUAACGGACGUCGAACUGACCAUUGAACUCGCAAACUGACAGACUGGCCUGACGCGUCCCUGGCUGCUGCUCUUGGACGGCCUCCAGGCAGACGCACACCCGUCCCCUGGGGGACGUCCCCGAGGACUGUGGGAGAACGGGGCCCCGGUAACGCUGCACUCUCUUUAUUUUUAACUCAUUUUUCUUUUCUUUUUUUUAUGUAUAUGAAUGUACAUACAUACACCUUGUAUAUGAAAAGCACUGAUGGUCACAGUCAUCUUUAUUUGCGUGCGCUUGUGCGGGUGGAUGUUUGUGAGAGGGAGCGAUGACUGUAGAAAAGAGAGAUUUUAAGUCCCCAGACCUCCAGGAAUAAACUGACUAUACAGGUCGUAGAGUAGUGAAGAAUGUUUUCACAAGCAUCUGUGAGCACGGCCCUUUGCCCUUACACGGUAGGGAGUGGUGACCUCUUCUGAACACACACACUCCGCUCUAACCACAAUGGGCAAACUGGCUGCUACUCCAGCGACCUUGUUUGUGUGGAAGUUGGAUAUCUGCUUUGACCAUGCAAGAAAAUUGUAAUAUCAGUUGUCAGUCAUGUGCUCAGAUAAAAGGAAUAUGGAUGUAAUGUGCUCGUAAUGCAUCACAGGAUUUUGCUUAACAUUUGGUUUGAGUUGUAGAUGCUCAGGGUGGGGGUUGGGUGGGGGGUGUAGAGAAGGGAUUUAUGGGGCAGCAUGACUGAGGAUACACCAGCGUGCUCGUCUAUCGAGAUAUAAAGAGGUCUAAAAAUAAUAAAGCCUGUAAAAAUGAAACACUUAAGGCAGCACAAAUACUCAUGGUCCUUAAUCUUUCCGAUCAAAAACCCGUCACCUGUCAGAUCUUUUUUUUUUUUUUUUUUUCCCCCCCCCUUUGCUUUUAUGUGCAGUGAAGAUCUUUGAUGUCUGACUAAUAGCACAAUUUAUAGAACCACACUGCAAGAAAUGUUUCAACGCUCAAUCAAAGCAUUUAGGCACAACAUGGACCGUCUGAAACGUUCCACGACCCCGGCCUUCGCCCGCCCGUCUCCUCCGGAUGGGACGGAGCUGCCCACAGCGUCCCUUCUGCUUCACUGCACAUUCGAAGGCAGCAGCUCCGCUUUACGAAGCCUCUUUGAUCUUCAUGACACAUUGGAGAACAAAAGGGAUUUUUUUUUUUUUAAAUAAACAUUAAUGUAUCUGUUUUCCAUUGGAUGAACCAGAUUCUAGAUAAUGGAUGUCUUUUAUGGAAACCUUUUAUAUGCUUAAUGACUGUAUAUAUAAAUUUGUUGAUGUUGCCUUCAGCAUCCCCCCCCCCCCCCCCCCCGUUCAUUUUUGCCAUGUUUUGGAUUGGAGUGGCACAGAUAAAGAAGCACAGCACUCUCUCUAACUGACUCUGCCAUUAGUGUCAUUCUCCUUAACACUAAUAAACCAACCCCUGCCAUUC